GGACCUCACAAAACGCUGCCCUGCGGAAGGAGCGGAAGGAGCCUUCCCCUGCCUUGUUUGUUUCUCUGAUUGAGGAGCUUACUAGCCCGAGGCUAGGAGAGCUAGGCGAGCUCUUCGCUGCAAUAAUGCACGUCUUUUUGGAACUUCUUCGGCUUCUCCCUAUUCUGAUUUUCUCCAUCCUAGAGUCUUUCGUGAAGCUUUUUAUUCCUAAGAAGAGAAAAUCAGUCAGUGGAGAAACUGUACUUAUUACUGGAGCUGGUCAUGGAAUUGGGAGACUCACUGCCUAUGAAUUUGCCAAACUUAAAAGCAAACUGGUUCUGUGGGAUAUCAAUAAGCAUGGCAUUGAGGAGACAGGUGCAGAAUGCAAAAAACUGGGUGCAAGAGUUCACACCUAUGUGGUAGACUGCAGUAAGAAAGAAGACAUUUACGAUUGUGCAAAGAAGGUGAAAGCAGAAGUAGGAGAUGUUAGCAUCUUAGUGAAUAAUGCAGGUGUAGUCUACACGGCAGAUUUAUUUGCUACUCAAGACCCUCAGAUCGAAAAAACAUUUGAAGUCAAUGUUCUGGCUCACUUCUGGACUACAAAAGCAUUCCUCCCUGCAAUGUUGAAGAAUAAUCAUGGCCAUAUUGUUACAGUGGCUUCAGCGGCAGGACAUACAGUGGUCCCCUUCUUAUUGGCUUAUUGUUCGAGCAAAUUUGCUGCUGUUGGAUUUCACAGAGGUCUUACUGCAGAAAUGCGUGCCUUAGGAAAAUAUGGAAUCAAAACAUCAUGCCUCUGCCCUAAUUUCAUAAACACCGGCUUCAUCAAAAAUCCAAGUACCAGAUUUCUACCUACACUGGAGCCAGAGGAAGUAGUAAACAAGCUUAUGAAGGGCAUACUAACUGAACAAGAAAUGAUUUUUGUUCCAUCUUCCUUAAGUUUUGUAACACUGUUGGAAAGAAUCCUUCCAGAGCGUUUCCAGAAUGCCUUGAAAAGCCUCAUCAAUGUUAAGUUUGAUGCAGUGAUUGGAUUAAAAAACAAAGCACAGUAAAUGCCUUGGAUUUCCUUCCUGAAGAGCACCUGCUAUUUGAUAUAAUUCAAGUACAGCUUAUCUGAGACUUGAAGAUUUGAGGGUUUCUAUUUUUUUUCUGAUUCUCUUUCUCUAGUAAUAAAUUUUUCUUGAACCACACUAAUUUUCAUUUGCCCCCUAACGGUCAUAUCCAGUGUUGGGGGAGUGCCUUCAAUUUUGCACAUUGGCAUCACCAACUAUUCUACCUCUAGAAUGGUUCACAAUAUCCUCUGAUAUGUGACAAUAGCUCUUUAAAGCUCACACUCAAGUUUUUAUACUUCACUCACAUGGAAGUUUUCUAACAGUUCAACAUUCUAGAAGAGAUGACUCCUUUUUUCUAUAACAUCAUUCAAAAUCUUUUUUUUUUUAUCUAGACUUGUGAUAUCAAUGGUAUAGGAAGUCUUAGUCAAGAAAGUUUCUGUAUCCAUGCAGAUCUGCAACUGUACUUCAAUCUAAAGUCUUCAAGAGUUUCCUGGAAUGCUCAAAGGUUAAGAAACUUAAUCAAGUCACUGAGGCAAUAUGUGUCAGAGGUUGGGCUUGAACCCAUUUCUCAUUGUGUCUGUAGUCAAGAAACAGACCUAUGUCAUUAUCUGAGUGAAGGUGACUGUUGGGGCCUUUGGAGACAGAACUUCCUUUGGAACAAGAAAUGGCAAUUCAGACAAUUUGUUAAGCCCUCUUUUUCCUGAAAUAUAACUUUUUUUUUAUGAAGAUUUAAAAUGUGGAGGUCUUAAGAGGAGAUGACUGGGGUAAAAACAAAAGGCAACAAUAAAACUUUUUUUUUGAAAGAGAGAAAUAUCCUGUAUUCUAAUACCAAGUUUUUUGUCUCACGUAUGAAACUAAGGAAACUAUAGAUAUAUUGUUGAAAUGGAAAUGUCUCAACCAUAAACUUUUGGCAAGGAAUGUACUUAUAAAUAAUUAUGAAUAAUGAUAAUAAAAGGAAUUAAAUCUAAA